AGUUGCGACCUUUCCCUUCUUCCAACGAAGUCUUCUCUCUCUCCCUCGUGCGGUUCUCCGCCUCUGCAGUCGGACCUCUUCGCCUGCGCCACUUUGCUUCGAUCCUUCUGCCAUCCUUUCUCCCUGUUGCUCCUCUGUUUUCUGCCGUUCCUCUGCAAAGUUGAUCUUUCCGUCGAUUACCGCCGAGAGAUCGGUUUUCUUAGGACGAAAUCGCAGGAACCAGGCAUGGGGAAGUUCGUGAGGAAGGCCAGGAUCGGCGGAGAAAAGGCGGUCGUGGAGGCCGCACACCCCCAGCCCUCGCUCGGUGCCCGCACCAGGGCAAGAACCUUGACGCUCAAGCGCUUCCACGAGUCCUCGCUGCAGGUCGCCUCCUCCUACCUCCAGCUACGAAGCCGCCGUCUCGAGAAGCACUUCCCCGUGCCGUCCUCUGCCAAGUCCAGGGCCGCUAGUAAGAACAGACAGAGAGCUAACCGUGAUACCAGGAUCAGCACCUACAAGCCGGCCGAAACGGAGGUUAACCCGGUGACUUUGGUCUCGCUGGGCUCGGCGUCGACGAGGAGUCGCUGCUCCAAGGAGGCAACGACAGGAGCUAUUUGCGAGGCCUCGCCGGAGGGUGAUGCUGAGAUUGAAGCUUCGUCUGGGGAGAAUGUUCUUGAAUUCGACAGGAGUGCUAGAGAGACCACACCUUGCAGUUUGAUAAGGGAUUCAGAAACCAUAGUAAGUCUUGGUUCAACAACCUGGCCGACCAAGUCCACUGCUAGCAUUAAAUUGCAGGCAUCAGUUGCCAGUUGCAUCCCAACUGCCUUUGAAUUGGAAGAGUUUUUUUCUGGGCCAGAACAACUCCAACAGAGAAGUUUUAUGGAGAAGUACAACUUCGAUGUGGUGAAGGAUCAACCACUGCCUGGCCGCUACGAGUGGGUGAAACUGGAUCCUUAGAAGUUCACCAGUCAAGCAAACUUUCCUUUUGAAGCUCCGCCCAACCUUUUCACAGCAGGGCAAGCUGCAGUGGUGGUGUUAGCCACCCUUUAGAAAAAAAAAAAACAAACAAUGGCACCAAUACUACUACCCUGUAGUCUAACGUUCGAUAGAACACUGAGCUUAUAAGCUAAAUCCUGGAUGUAGAAAACCUCAACUUUUGAAGCCUCACGUGACAUUUUGUGGGUGUUCAUGUUGGUAGUUUCUUAGCUUCUCCAAAUGUAUCAUAUCCGAAUGGCCCUUUUGCUGUUUAUGGGGGUGUAUACGUAGUUAAACCUUUGUUUACUUAUCGUGUAUACUUAGUACUGGUGAGAGCGAAAGUUCUCUUUGGUAAUAAAGUGACCUGACCCCGUUUUCCCC